AUGAAAAACGUGACUAACGCUAUCGACCAGUCUCCAUUUGAGGUACGAGCCUGGACCGACUCGCAGGUGGCUCUGGCCUGGAUUAAUGGGGGAGCCUCUCGAUGGAAGACCUUUGUUGCCAACCGGGUGGCGGAGAUCGUAACGCACUUACCUGCAAUCAACUGGGGCCAUAUCAACACGCACCUCAACCCGGCAGAUUUGAUCUCACGAGGGAUUAUGCCGGAGCAACUGAAGAAUAACAAGCUCUGGUGGGAUGGACCAAAUUGGGAUAUAAAAUCUGGACAUGAUACUGUCAGUGAUCAUUUGAGUACCUUUCAGCAGCAGCAGAUAAACAAGGAACAGAGAGCAUCGAUACCGUCGCUCAUCGCCAUUCACAAAAACACAUUUUUGGACGAUAUGAUGGCCAGAUACUAUCCAAACCUUCAGAAGCUUCUUCGUAUCACUGCUCGCAAGCUACGCCUAUGCCGUUCUGAGUUUAGAAAAUCUGUAACACUCACAACUGGAGAAUUGGAUAAGGCUCUUGAAGUCUACAUAAAGCACGUUCACAAGCAACACUAUCCAGACGAGAUACAAUGUUUACUGCAGCACAAAGAUAUAAAGCGUCAAAGUACAUUGUUUCAGCUCAUGCCAUUUCUAGACGAAAAUGGAAUUCUCAGGGUGGGCGGAAGAAUUCAACGAUCUGAUUUCGAUUACGACACAAAGCAUCCUGUUCUGUUGCCACGCCAUUCAAUCCUGACAUUUUUCGUAUUACAUCACGAUCACAUCCUUCAUCAACAUUGUGGACCACUAACGCUAUUGGCAGUAUCUCGAAGGCGGUUCUGGAUUGUACGUGGUGCUAGUGCUGCUCGUAAGGUGUAUCGUCAGUGCAUCGUGUGUGCCCGUGCCAAACCAGCUCAUAUUUAUCAGCAAAUGGGGCAACUUCCUGCAGAUCGCGUUCAACCACAUCUGCCAUUCAUGAUUACCGGUGUCUAUUUUGCUGGUCCUGUUAGCAUCACCGGGCGCAGAGCGCGAGGUGCGGUGGCAAGCAAGGGGUAUAUCGCACUGUUUAUCUGCUUCUCAACAAAGGCGGUGCAUCUGGAAGCUGUAUCAGAUCUUGGCUCUUCUGCAUUCAUAGCAUCGUUCAUUCGUUUCACAAGUCGUUACGGAAUGCCAUCAAAGAUGUUUUCGGACAACGCAACCAACUUUAGAGUAGCCUCCAAACAACUUCAAGAGAUCAACCAAAUUAUGAACUCUGCCGUUCACAGCAACCAGGUGGCCGAUUUCAUGGCAAAUAAAGGGGUUGAUUGGAAUUUUAUACCCGCUCGGUCUCCACAUCACGGUGGACUUUGGGAGUCCGCAAUAAAGACUGCGAAACAGUAUUUGGGCAAAAUAGCAGUUAAUCAAUAUUUUACGUUUGAAGAAUUGUCUACUCUUCUUGCGCAGCUCGCAGCUACGAUGAAUUCUAGACCCAUCACUCCGAUCUCAAGUAAUGUUAAUGAUCCACAACCGUUGACACCUGCACAUUUUCUCAUCGGAAGAGCUCUCACAACAGUUCCGGAAAUAAACAUGCUGGAGCGAAAUAUCAGUUCAUUAUCACGAUGGGAGUACAUACAGCGAUUGACCCAAGAAUUCCGUUCUCGUUGGCAAUUAGAAUACGUUCGCUCACUUCAACGCUUCACAAAAUGGCAACGAUCUACCAAAAAUAUUGUUGUUGGAGAUUUCGUCAUCUUGGUCAAGGACGACGAGAAACCAAGACAAUGGCCACUUGGACGAGUUUUGGAGACAUUACCAGGACCCGAUGGAUUAGUUCGUGUGGUUUUGGUCAAAACUGGAUCCGGAACCACAAGACGAGACGUACGGAGGCUACGAGUGGUGCCAUUGGACUUAGAUGAGUAUGUACCAGGACGAUUUGGAACUGAAAUUCCUGACCGGAAUUUGUUUUAUACCAAUUUUCAUUUUAGAUUGUUCAACGCUGCCAGUACGGAUUCCAUAAGGUUUCACUCGAAUCUUUUGAAUCAAAAUGAAAAUGAUUUAAGAGUGUCAAUUGAUAACACUUGUACAGAUUCACUAGUAACAGCAUUGGAUGAUGAAGCCCUGUUGAUUAAUGACUAUAUAAAUGACAUGGCAAAAUCAAAGGUUCAUUUCGAUGACGUCUCACUGUAUGGAACACCAAAAGAAGAACCACUUCCGAGUAUACCACCGCUAGCUGAAAAGCCAUCAUCGAAUUUUUUGAAGAACCAGUUGCAAGCAUGGUUUCAACCAACAGACAAUCGACUCGCUAUGAAGCUUUUUGGUAGUAAAAAAGCAUUAGUUAAAGAAAGAAUACGACAAAAGACAUCUGGACAUUGGGUGAUUCAUCCGUGCAGUUCUUUUCGGUAAAUAUAUUACAAUACCUGUUUAUUUAUUACAUCAA